AUGUCGAACCCCGAGGAGAUCGCCAAGGCCUUCGCCAACCACUACUACAACAUCUUCGACACUGACCGCAAAAAUCUGGCCAGCCUUUACCAAGAUCAUUCCAUGUUGACGUUCGAGAACGACAAGAUCCAGGGCAAGAACAACAUUGUGAACAAGCUUCUGCAGAUCAAGCACGCCAUCACCACAAUCGACGCCCAGCCGACUGCUGGCGGCGGCAUCCUUGUCUUCGUGUGCGGCAAUCUCGCUAUCGACAACUCGAACCAGCCGCUCAAGUUCAGCCAGGUGUUCAGCCUCAUGCCCAUCCAGGGCCAGCAGGGCGGCUUCUUCGUGUUGAACGACUUGUUCAGGCUCAACUAUUGCUGA